AUGAAACUACUACGUAACCUUUAUCAUGUUACUAUCAAUAAUAAGGACAAUGUUAUUAUUACCAAAAGAAUAAGCAAAAACCUGUUAUCAUCAACUUUAACAACUUCAGCAACAACUUCGACAACAACUUCCAAUGUGACCAAGCCUUUUCGCUUGGCAAUAAUUGGAAGUGGCCCAGCCGGUUUUUAUACAGCUUAUCGUUUACUAAAAGAAAAAUAUCAUCAUCAACCAUUGAUGAUGAUAGACAUGUAUGAAGCUCUCCCUAUGCCUUUUGGUCUGGUUAGAUAUGGUGUUGCUCCUGAUCACCAAGAUGUCAAGAAUGUUCAACACAGAUUUGACGAAGUUGCAAAUGAUUCAAGAUAUCAAUUCAUAGGAAAUGUAAAAUUCGGUCAUGAUCUCACGAUCGACGAUCUAAAACAAACCUAUGACGCAAUCGUUUUUUCGUACGGGGCCGGCAAGGAAAAAUCACUUGGAAUAAAAAAUGAUAAUGAUAAUGAUAAUGACAAUAGUAACCCGAUAAAAAAUGUAUUUUCGGCUAGAGCUUUUGUUGGUUGGUAUAAUGGCUUGCCACAAUAUCGUCAUCUGAAUCCUGAUUUGUCAAGAUCGGAUACUGUGUUGGUUAUUGGUCAUGGUAAUGUAGCGUUAGAUGUCGCGAGGAUCUUAUUGAUGGAUAUUGAUAAAUUGAGUAAGACUGAUAUUACAGAGUAUGCUUUGGAAGCUUUGAAAAAAAGCGAAAUUAAACAUGUGGUUCUUGUUGGUCGUAGAGGCCCUUUACAAGUAAAUUAA